ACAGCGGCACGCGGCUGUGAGAGAGUGAUUCUCCUGAGCAUAUCUGGUCUGUCCUAUCUACUGUCCUCCAUUGUGUUAGUGGGACUUGUGGACAAUGGCCGAUGCUAGUGUGUCCAGUAUCAAUGAUGAUACUUCUUCUCAGUCAAACACUGAUACUACCAGUGAUCCUUUAUCCUCUAAGACAGAGACCGGUCCAACCUUCACUGUACCCUCUUUCCCUCUCACCCAGGCCCUGAUGAGUGGAGACACCAGUACUUCUAGUAGUAUAGGGACUGCUCCUUCUACUGAUAAUGUGAACAUAACUUCAAGUAUUAAUUCUAAUGUUAUUAUUAAUGAGGACACUCCUUCUCUCUCGUCCACACAAUCACAAGUUCCUUCUCUCUCUACUCCACUCACUCCUCAAUCACAGCCUCCUUCAAUUGAUGUACAUACAGUAUCUGUUAAUGGUUCUACUCCAGCAUCAGAGCCACUCCUAACAUCAGCUCCAAUUAUAUCUUCAAUAGCUCAUUCGCUACCACAGUCUGUUGGUACAGCUCUUGAAGGAUUAGGUGAUGCCCCUACUAGCUCUGUGUCUCCAGUCCUCAAUAAUCCACAGGCUAAUGUGACUAAACCUUCAGUUUCUCUUAAUGUGGGAUCCACUCCUUUAAUAGCCGGACCUGCUGUACUCCAAUCCACUACUCCUAAUACUAAUAACACUCAUUUAUUAGUAACACAGGGUCCAGUUCCUAUUCAUACACAACCAGGCAAGGUAGCCCCUGUUACUAGCGUAGGAGGACAAGUAGUGUCGGCCAUAUUGACUCCUAUCACAUCAGUGAAGCCUGUUGGUACUGCUGGAGGAGUCACUGCUACCACUGUGAGUCCAAAACCAGCUCUGCCUAUCAAAGUGGCUAAGACAGUGGGGGCUACUCCUCUAGUGAAGAAGGUAUCAUUACCAGUGACUGGAGCAAAGGGCUCCCUACCCAGUACUACUAAUAUCACAUUAGCUGAUAUACUACCUCACAUGAUUGCAAUGAGUUCAUCAUCAUCAUCUCCUCCUGGAACAGGAACCAACACUCCUCCUCUCUCCAAUACUCCAAAGACUCAAAUCGGGAAAACUGGUCAGACCAGUUCUUUACUCGUUUCUAGCGGAGUAAAGCCCAGUCAAGGAGGUUCCUCGGUGACUCUCGUAACACCGAAAAGUAUCAGGACUAGUUCUACUAGUACUACACCAACAUCUAGUGGAGUCCCUAGUACCAGUAAUACUCCUCUUAGUAAGAAUGAUUUACAAUUGUUGGCAUUCCUACAGUCAAACCUACCCCACCUCUCACACGUUCAAGAGAGCAUCAAGAGUAUCAUACAAAACAAUAUCAUCCUCCAAUCAAUGAAAUCAUCAUUAUUACCCUCUACUACUGCUACCACAGUCACUGGGUCUACUCUCUUGUCUCCUGUUAAAUCCACAGCACAGGCUCCGUCCAGUGUUCCACCAGUGACCCUGUCUAUUGGUACGACCAGCGUACCGUCGUCCACCCUCAGUGCCACCACGCCCACUUCUCAGUUGCAGCGUAAGCCUGUCCUUGCUCAGGUCAUUGGGUCUAAUUCUUCUCUUAAAAACGUGUCGUCAGUCUCCCCCUCUCUCUCUUCUCCGGCAGUCGUCACAGCAAAGGAGCAACCCCCAACCUCCGCUGCAUCCCAUGGUGUCAAGACCACGCCCCCGUCUUCUACUAAAUUACUCAUUAGCCCGGGGGCGGUCCCCAUCCAGUCUCAAUCUAACACUCAAAAAGGAGAAGCGAGCAUUGUAUCGACUCCGCCCAAAACUACCACCACACCCACGAAUACCUCUCCAAUUCCAGACCUGUCGCUUCACAUGGCCCCGCCCUCUAAUUUAACACCUUUGGACGUCGACUUGGACGAUGUUGAGAUAAAAGAAGAGCCACUUGACGUUGGUCAGCCUGUGGUACCUCUCGAGUUACCGUCCUUCCUAUCUGACCACACCUACUGUAUAUACAACCCUACUGUCCCUUCUCUACCGCGACAGUUACCCGAGUAUGUCGUUACUAUUCCGUCCGAGAGACUAUCGUAUGCUCCUGAAGUACCUGAUUCUCCAAGGACUCUGUUUAAGUUGCUGAAGGUUCUUCCAAAGAAGGUCUCGGGAUCAUCUCGACCGAAAUCAAGUACUUUAAAGAGUUUUACUCCAAUAGGAAGGAUAGGGAAAAGACCCUCUUCUCGUAAGCGUAAGACUCCAAUCCCAUCCAAAAGGUUAUCCCGUGCUAUGCACAAUGCUGAUAGUGAAGACGAGUCCUUUGGAUCAGGCACUCCUGAUGUGUCUGAUGGGGACACUCCUGAUGACUCCUCCACUCGUCGUCGGUCUCAGCGUAUCAAAGGCCAGAGGAAGCAUUACGUUGAUGACGUGAGUAUCAGUGAUGAGGAGACACUGGACGACAUCAUGCAACCUCCGCCGAGGAAGACCGGGUUCUAUGGGUACACUGGACCACCGGACGAUGAGAGUGAUUAUGAUGAGGGUCUAAUGGUGGGGGGAAUGAAAGGAGGAAAGUCUUCAAGAUACAAGAAGAGUAUUACUAUCAAUCCGACUGAAGGAUUUCAAUAUUCUGAUAUUUAUGUGGAUGCUCCAGCAGAAGAGGCUAAUGUUGUUGAGAAGAUAUUAUCACAUCGAAUGAGACCAAACACUAAUACUGGCACUGGUGCUAGUGAUGAUGGAGCAAAGAAACAAGGAGAGUUUAUUGAGGAGUAUCUAGUCAAAUAUAAGAACUAUUCAUAUAUUCAUGCUGAAUGGGCUACUUUUGAUAAACUAUUGAGAGGUGACAAGAGGUUUGAUGGAAAAGUCAAACGUUACAAGCAGAAGCAGGCACAGAUGGGAAUAUUUGCUAAUAUUGAUGAUGAGCCAUUCAAUCCUGAUUAUACAGUAGCUGAUAGGAUAUUAGAUCUAGCAUCUCAAGUUGAAUCUUCCGGAGAAAAAGUGAUACAUUAUCUUGUCAAGUGGAAGUCAUUGCCUUAUGAAGACAGCACCUGGGAGUUAGAGGAGAAUGUUGAUGUUGGAGUUAUUGAGAAGUUUCUACAGUAUUCUACAAUGCCACCAGAGGAAGAAUUACAAUACAUUCGCCGACCUCCUCCCAAUAGAUUCAAGCCAAUUAAAGAGUCCAGUCAUUAUAAAGGGGACAAUCUUCUCCGCCCCUAUCAAUUAGAGGGUCUUAAUUGGCUACUGUUCAACUGGUAUACUAGACAGAACUGCAUACUAGCAGAUGAAAUGGGACUAGGAAAGACUGUACAGUCUAUUGCAUUGAUACUAGAGAUAAUUGAUGCUGGUAUAAGAGGUCCAUUCCUGGUCAUUGCUCCUUUAUCAACAAUAUCAAACUGGCAGAGAGAGUUUGAGACUUGGAGCAAUCUCAACGUCAUCAUCUACCAUGGAAGUGCUUACAGUCGUAGGAUGAUACAAGAGUAUGAACUGUAUUUUCGUGAUCAAUCAGGAAAGAUCAUUAUUGAUGCAUACAAGUUUAACGUCAUCGUCACUACUUAUGAAGUUUUGCUCUCUGAUAACAGUGAGCUAAAGAACAUCCUAUGGAGAGCAGUGAUCAUUGAUGAGGCUCACAGACUGAAAAAUAAAAACUGCAAAAUGUUGGAAGGACUCAGAGAACUACACAUGGAGCACAGGGUGCUAUUGACUGGUACUCCUCUUCAGAACAGUGUGGAUGAAUUGUUUAGUUUGUUGAAUUUCUUGGAGCCAUCACAGUUUCCCUCAUUACAGUUAUUCCUCCAGCAGUUUGGGGAUCUUAAAACUGAAGAACAAGUUGAAGAAUUACAAACUGUUCUCAAGCCAAUGAUGCUUAGAAGACUCAAGGAAGACGUUGAGAAGAGUUUAGCACCAAAAGAAGAGACUAUCAUUGAGAUUGAGCUGACUGCUAUUCAGAAGCAGUACUACAGAGCAAUAUUGGAAAGGAACUUCACUUUUCUGACUAAAGGGAGCAACACAGUACCAAACCUAUUGAACACUAUGAUGGAACUAAGGAAGUGUUGCAACCAUCCUUUCCUUAUUGCUGGGGCAGAGUUAAAGAUUGUUGAGGAUUUCCAGGUCCAUUUUCCCAAUAGACACAUAUCAGAGUCCCUCAUUCAAGCCUCUGGUAAACUAGUACUUGUUGACAAGUUGCUACCCAAACUGAGAGAAAAGGGACACAAAGUACUGAUAUUCUCACAAAUGGUUAAGUGUCUUGAUAUACUUGAGGAUUAUUUACGUAUGAAAGGUUACAUGUAUGAACGUAUUGAUGGUCAGGUACGUGGUACAUUGAGACAAGCAGCCAUUGAUAGAUUCUCUAAACCAGAAUAUGAUAGGUUUGUAUUUUUACUGUGCACUCGUGCUGGAGGUUUGGGUAUUAACCUGACAGCGGCUGACACUGUCAUCAUAUAUGACUCUGAUUGGAACCCUCAGAAUGAUAUACAGGCUCAGGCAAGGUGUCAUAGAAUAGGUCAGAAUAAGAUGGUAAAGGUUUAUAGACUAAUCACUACUAACUCAUAUGAGAGAGAAAUGUUUGACAGGGCUAGUCUUAAGUUGGGUCUUGAUAAGGCAGUACUUCAAUCAAUGAAUACUCAACAGCAAGCCAGUGGACCUCCACAGUUAUCAAAGUCUGAGAUUGAGAAUCUAUUAAAGAGAGGAGCUUACAGUACAAUAAUGGACAGUGAUGACGCUGCUAACCAGUUUUGUGAAGAGGACAUAGAUCAGAUACUGGAGAGACGGACUCAAGUGAUACAACUGGAGUCUGAAGGGAAAGGCUCUACCUUCUCUAAAGCUAGUUUUGUGUCUGACGGUGCCACUGAUAUUCAUAUUGAUGAUCCUGACUUCUGGCAAAAGUGGGCAAAGAAGGCAAACCUUAACUUGGAUCAACUUGCCAAGAAAGAUAAUCUUGUAAUGGAUGAACCUCGUGUAAGGAGACAGGUUCGCCGCUAUGGUGAUGAGAUGCUGGAGACAAUAGUUGACAUGGAUGAGAGUCAAGAAGAGAUUCUGGACAUAUUACCAUCAAGAGGAAAGAAAGGAUGGACCAAACUGGAGUGCUUUAAGAUCGAGAAAGCGCUACUGGUUUAUGGGUGGGGACAGUGGGUGGAUAUACUUGCCGGGUGUAACUUUAAAAAGAGACAAUUGAAUAUCAGGGACAUAGAGAAUAUAUCAAGAACUAUGCUAAUAUAUUGUCUUCAUAAUUUUUCUGGUGAUGAGAAAGUCAAGGUUUACAUCCACCAAAUGAUUGACCCUAGCAUUCAAACUGAAGACCAUUCUGAUGAUAGCUCAACUCAUUCUGGCUACUUUACUGGGUUUACUGAAGAGGACUAUCUUGCUUUAAUGGCUAAAGAUCCUGAGACUCUCUUUCAGGAGGAAUCAUACAUGAAGCAUCUUAGACGACACUCAACAAAGAUAUUAUUAAGGGUGAGACAAUUACACUUGAUUCGCUGGCAAAUAAUGAAACCUUACAUUAAACAAAUUAAAGCUGGAGCCUUUGCAAAGGAUCUUGAUUUUGUUCCUCCUAAGCCAGAAGAGGAUCCUCCAGUUCCAUGGUGGAACAGUUUAUGUGACGUGUCUCUGUUAGUUGGAAUAGUUAAACAUGGUUAUGAGCAGUUUCGUCAGUGGAGAUCAGACAGGUCAUUGUGUUUCUGGGAAUUAGUAGGAGAACAACAGCAACAGACACAGCAACAAUCAACACCACAGACACGUCAAUCUAAAAAGAAGCGACUCUCAAAAGCCACACCUUCCAAAGACUCAUUUCUUGAAGGAGAGAGCGAGGGAGAGGAGGAGCUGUUUGAAUUGGAUGAUGAUGAGAUUGAUAAUCCUGGAGGAGAGGAGAGUGACGAGGGAAGUCCUAAUGGACCUCAGGCUCCUCAACAACCUAAACUAACCACUGUUAUUAGAAAGUGA